UUCUUUUUCUUUCUUUUUAUACACAUAAUCUACUUGAUAAAUGAUUGAUACCAGCAAUGAAAGACAGCCUCUUACUUUAUCCAAUAUGCAUCAGCGCGACCACAGUGACGAUAGCAUCCUCACUCCGCCACUCACUGCUCACACAACCACAAGCAGUAAUGGAACAUUGGUAGACAUUGACAAUAUUUUGGACGUGAGAUACUAUAAAAACUUUGAGCACAUUGCAAGCGAUAUACGAUUUAAUAUUGAAGAGUGUUAUCAGCACAUUGAAAGAAUACAAGAAGCACAAAAAGCCGUGUAUGAACAUGCAUCCGAAGCAGAUUCAAUAGCUCAGAAAAACCGAAGCAUUCUCGAAACACAAACAGUAAGGGCAACUGAACGUACAAAUUAUAUCCGAAAAGCAAUGGCCAUGAUUGAACCAUCGAAACCUACAUUAUCUGAUCUGGACCUUCGAAACCAACAGUUCAAGAUGCUUUUGAGGUCUUUUAAGGAUCUGUUGGAAAAAUACAUUAAUGUGACACUGGAAAGUCAGCGCUUUACUUCUGUCUUGUUUGAAAGACAGAUCAAAGUUGUCAAUCCACUUGCCACACCCUUUGAUUUGGAGAGGGCUAUUAGUUCUACAGGAGAUGAUUCUCCUUCUAUCUUCGUCCAAAUAUUAAUGCAAAGAGGUGUUCGCAAGAACGAUCAACAAACACAAGACUUGAUGAAAAUUGUGCAAGAUAUUCACCAAGAUUUACGGCAAUUGGCUACAACGUUUGCAAGACUAUCUGAAAUGCGAAACGAAGUGAAUAUUAUGAUUGAGCGAUACAGAAGAAGAUGGCCUGUCAUAGUAAAAGAAGGCAACUUGGUCUAUGUGAUUGAUGAUGAUCUCAACUUACUUGAACAAACGCUAGUAGGUAAACAAAUUGACUUUGAAGCCAUUUUGCGCCAAAGAGAAAGACGGAAUCGCAUUCUGAUUGGCUUUGUCUCCUUGAUAAUUUUGUUACUUGUCAUUUCCAUUGUUGUCUUUAGUACCUUAUUUUCCGAGUUUUAUAGCAACAGGCCAUAAAUAAAAUAAGCUUAAAAUAAGCCUAUUUUC